AUGUGCAAAGGCUCAGCAGAAUUCGUGAACGGCGCCCGCCGCGAAACAUGCGUGGCGAGGCGAGGAGUAACGGAGUGCGCAGACAUGCGCAGCUUAAUGUUCUGCUAUGAGUCGGCCAUGAGGGGCUCGUCCUGCUACCUGCCGUCGACGUCCUUGGUGGUUUGUACGCGGUUAGCAUCCAUUGGAGUAGCUUGCAGCAUAAUCGUCCUAGAGCAACAGCUGCUUAGCAACAUGUGUAUCAUGUAUAUUAAAUUCCGGAAACGCGUGGGAUUGCGCGGGCGGGACUGGCAGUGUCCAGCCGAAGGUCGGCGGAAGGCGUGCCACCUGUGCACGGAAGUACGCGUUUGGGUGCGUCCCAAGACUGGACUGAAGCAUCAGACGAAUUCCACUCGUGACGAGCCUUCCACGCUGCAAAUCCUGCGGCAUGGCCACCGGUCCUUGCCAGCUGCGUGA